AUGGCUCAAGAAUCAUCAGCCUCACCAGUGAAAAAUGUGGAUAUAUUCACUGAAGAUCCAUUGCUGCAACGUCUUCAUCGAAUAUUUACUGUAUUUAGUGAUAAUCAACGCCAUAUAAGUCCACAUCAAGCACACUUUAUCAUCGGACAGUUAUUCAGGUUAAAUCGUGGAACUGAGCAGAACGGUGUAUCAACUUUGAUACAGUCCGACAUCAUAACCUUCCAUGAUUUGUUACGGAUGUGUGAUUUACUAUUCCCGGAUCGAAAACAAUUCGAACCAUUGGUAGAUCGGGUUUUUGAGCGAUAUGUACAACACAUUAUUUGUAAGGGCUUUCUACUGCACUGCAACAAAAGAGAUAAAAAGAAGCAUUGCCUGAUAGGAAGCAAUAAUUCCAAAUGGCGAGCUUAUUGGUGUACCAUAACACCUGGUGCGAUACAAUUGUGGCCUUUGCAUAAGUCGACAAUUGUUAGAAACAGGAGAACAAUUGUUGUCGAUCAGACAUCAUCUGUUCAAAUAGGCACAUUCGAUGAGGAGCGAUUUACAUGGUUAGUUAUCGCAGAAUCGAAACAGAAAUACGAAUUUGGUCACUUUGAUGAGCUGCGACGGAAACACUGGAUAUUCGUGAUGGAUUUGGCUAUAGAGCAAAGAUCGAGGGAGGAUUUACAGAAUUAUGACCGAGAAUGUUCGCGUAGCACAGAGUGUCGUGUGCUACGAGACAAGAAUUUGUCCUGGAGAUUGGCACUGGAGUGUGAAAAUGAAAGGUUGAUGCAAUUGUUAGAUGAUCAAAGAAGGGCCCUUCGCGACGAGGAAAUCGUUAGAACGAUAGCUGCUAGGAUGCUUGAUGAAGAACGUGAAAGGCGCGAAAAACUGGAAGAAAAGUUGCAGGGUUUGAUUGGGAAUCUCGAUGAAAAUUGCAACAGCGCUUCCCAUACGACAAAAGAUGCUCUAGAAGGUUGA